CCAAUUCUCAAUUUUCAAACACCACCAAAAAUCUCAAACAAAAUUGAAGCAAAACCACAUAACAAUACACAUCCACUCUCCAAAGAUGAAACUCUCUUUGUUCAUCGUCAUGUUUCAACUAGGGUUUGUCAUCUCCUACGUCGCUGCACACUCCAUUUCUCAUGCAGUGAUUCACCAGAGCAAAACAUGGUGUGUGGUGACAGUAGGAGCACCCAACGACAAGCUGCAAGCAUUUUUGGAUUCAACGUGCAAUGAAUUGGAUUGCAAAGCAAUAAGACCAGGUGGUUCUUGCUAUCAACCAAAUACGUUGCAGAAUCAUGCAUCCUUCGUUCUCAAUCUCUUCUAUCGCGCUCGCGGCGUCUGCAACUCCGAGCUCGGCACCCCUUCCGUCAACGAUCCUUCAUUUGGAAAAUGUAUUUAUUCAUGAGCUCGACAGAGUAAUUGCUUUGCAGAAGGGAAGAAGGGCAUUGAGUUUUAUAUAUUAGUAAGGAUAAUAAUGUAAGCCAUGGAAAAAUAAUGUGAAAUAUUGAGAUAGAAUUAUCAUAUAUCGUGUUGAUCUUAGUUUUUCAAGUACAUUGUAACUUUUGAAGCCAUUCAUAAUGGUGUCGUGCAUGUUUAAGCAUUUGAGAUUUCCAUUGGCCAAGUUAAAUUAAUUAAUUAAUACUAGUAAAUUAGAUUAAAAAUUACAUUACACAUAUGAAUUAUUCUGGUUUUUUCAUGAAUCGUCCCCCAAAAUAAUACUCAUUAAUUUCUCUUUUUAUAAGUGUACCUACACAACUUAUUCACAAUAAUGUGAGACCCCUAUUCCACUCAUACACAGUUAGAAGAGAUUGAUAAAUUUAUCAUGAAAAAUGAAGGAUAAUAAAAAUUUGUGCCUAUAAAUGCCACUUUUCUUUUCCCUCAUUUUCUACAAAAGAUAAUUUCACCUUAUUUUAUUCAUUCUUUUCACUUCAAUGAGAGAUAAUAAAAAAUAAGUAUAUAUUUUACAUGUACGGGUUGGUUCGGGUUCAACAGGUUCAAACGGAUUUAAACCCGGAUCGACCCGUAAAUAAUUCGAUCCUUGAAAAAUUGCCCGACCCGGACCGUGUGCAUCUCGCGGACCGAAUAGACCCAUCCCGACCGACGUGGUCCGAGUCGGUUUAGCGGGUCCGGUCCGGUUUACUCACCCCUAGUUUAAGGGAUUGGGUGAAGGCAUCAAUAACCACUGUAUGUUUGCACCCUGUGUGUGACUUGUUGGAUGAUGUAAAAUACAAAGUUCACACUCAAAGCAGAGAUAUCAAAGUUAUAUAAUCCAUAAAGCAGUAAUCAAACUAGAUCAUCAAGCAAUCAUUAGCAACCACAUUUUGUUGCUUCUUCUUUCACUCCAAUAAGCCUCAUUUCAUUCUAAUUUCCUUCUUUCAACUUUUCUUACCAAAUCUUCCUCAUUUAAAAGAUUCUACCUUUUCCUCUUUCACUCAUACCAUGAGUAGUCAACUAGUCACUGCCUUUCUCAUUCACUACUUGUAAGUUUAGUUUACAAAUGUCACUUGAAAUCUUCUCAUCGUGAUGAUGAGAAGCAAAUGCAAUUUCCUAUAUCAUAGUCAUAGAUAUACACUUAGCUCAAGCAGAGACAACAAAGACAAAUCCUCAUCUUCCAAGAUGCUUUGAUGUUAAAUCAAUGAUACACAAAAACUUGCUUUGCUGCCAAAUGCUAUAUAACUCUUGAGUUAUUAUUGAAUGAAAUAAUUUAGAAUUAUAUAUGUAUAUAUGCUAUGUAUCCAGUCAUGAUAUUCCGGUAUGCUGCAAAUCUGGCCAAUAUAGAUCUACGAAAACAUACCAAUGUCUUGAUUGGAGGCGUUGGGAUGAUUGAUGAUCCGUCGGAGAAUCAAAGUCCUGGCCUUCCUCGUCUCCUCCGUGCACUUGUUGGCCCUCUUUCCGCAGCUCCUGUAUGGUGUUGAUGAAGCUAUCCAGCUGCCGCCUCAUCUCCUCCACCGCC